AUGCGAACAAUCGCUGGGAACGGCUCGCUGCGUUUGUCCGGUAUCUACAAGCCUCUCUACAGAUACGUCUCGAAGGAACCCAAGUACAUGCAAGAUCCAGACGGGCCAUUGAACCGACAGAAAAUCACCGUAUUCACCUUCUUGAGACCUUUUAAAUUAUUCAAGGAGAAGGAUCUUGUUAUUAAUCUCGUUUGGGGUGGGGUUAUUUACGCCAUCUGGAACAUGGUCACGACCAGCACAACACCACUUUUCAAAGCAAGUUUCGGCUUAAGCGAACUUUUGCUAGGCGUGGCAUUUAUACCGAACGGAUUCGGGACGAUUGUCGGCUCAGUCAUUGCCGGGAAACUCUUAACUCGAGACUACAAAAUCAUUGAGACCAAGUACAAGGAAACGCACAACAUUCCAUACGACAAGGAUUUUUCCCCAAAGGAUAUUCCACCCGAUUUCCCAUUGGAGCAAGCCCGCCUGCAACGUCUGCCGUGGAUUGUUACUCUGUUCGUCGCUUCCGUCACCGGAUACGGGUUUUCACUAGCAUAUCCGACGAUGACAGCUCGACCCGGAUGGAUUACACUGCCGUUGAUUAUGCAAUUCCUCAUUGCGGCAUCGGCGAACGGCAUCUUUGCCCUUAAUCAGACCAUCAUAUCAGAUCUUUGUCCUGGACAGGGCGCGAGCGCGACAGCUGUCAACAAUUUGGUUCGCUGCGGUCUUGCCGCUGUUGGCGUAGCUUUUGCGGAGCAAAUGCUAAAUGCGGUCGGUCCUGGGACAGCCUUUUUGGCUCUUGGAAUGGCGGUUGUAGCCGUCUCGCCCAUCCAGGUGGUUAACCAAUUUUGGGGGCCCAAGUGGCGAGCACAGAGGGAAAGGCGGAGGUCCAAGGUGAGCGUGACGGACCAAGAUCGGCAAAAAGCUUAG